CGUGACGAAACAAACACUUCCUUUUCCUUUGAGACUCUGAAACCCAUUGAAACACGUUUUGGUUGAUUAUUGCGGCACUUGUGGUGAAUCUGUUCAGACAUUCAUUGAAUACUUUGGUCGAGUGUUGCACUCAUCCACACCACAAUGCCUCCCAAGUUUGAUCCCUCGGAAGUCAAAAUUGUGUAUUUGCGACACGUCGGCGGCGAAGUGGGCGCCACGUCCUCAUUGGCCCCGAAGAUCGGGCCCUUAGGGUUGUCGCCCAAGAAAGUGGGCGAUGACAUCGCAAAGGCCACGCAGGACUGGAAGGGCCUCAAGAUCACAGUGCGGCUCACCAUUCAGAACCGUCAGGCGGCCAUCGAUGUGGUGCCGUCGGCCGCGUCCCUCAUCAUCAAAGCCCUGAAAGAGCCGCCCAGAGAUCGCAAGAAAGUAAAGCACGUGAAGCACAGCGGAAAUCUCAGCUUCGACGAGAUAGUGGCCAUCGCGCGCACAAUGCGGCCGAGGAGUAUGGCCCGCAAACUCGAAGGCACGAUUAAGGAAAUCCUGGGCACGGCUUCGUCGGUCGGCUGCACCAUCGAUGGCUCACAUCCGCACGACAUCAUCGAUAAGAUAAAGUCCAAAGAGAUUGAUGUCCCGGACGAGUGACCAAUGAUUUGUAUAACUUUUGAAUUGAAUGAAUAAAAGUAUAUUUCGGAAAAA